AUGCGUAGGUACGGGCAGACAACGGGAAAUCGCUUUGUCAAGAAAUCCCCAAAACCAAUGCAGAGCUCAAAGCAUACUGUGGAAAUAUCCUGCUCUGACGACUUUUGUAAAGAAUUCUUAUGCGAUCCCGAGCCUUUGACAGACUAUAUUUGCCCAGAAAACGUAUCCACAAAGACUUCGUGCAAUCCUAUCUCUCAACUUGAGUUGUCCUAUAGGGAAUGCGAAUCCAGAAGAUCUGAUUGCUGCUCUACACAAAAGCUUGAAUCGAGCUGUAUGGAAGGUACAUCAAAUGAAGCCGCCGAUGGUAGCUGUUCCCCCAGCCUAUCGAAUGCUUCCAUUGGCCAAUUAAAGAAACCAGUAAGGGGCAAACGGAUUCAACUUUCCUGCGGCGAAUCGAAAUCAGUCAAAUGUGGUCAGAGGACCCCAAGGGACUUGCUUGAUCCUGAAGUGCAGUUUAGAAUUGACAGCUUGAUACAACAACGUGAAACUAUGGGCAGUCGAUCCAUUAAGUCACAAAGCGUUGGCAAAGUUUAUCAGGCACUCGAUGCCGUCAUUGAGUGUCAAGCUGUUAAAAGUGGAUUGACCCCAAUGCCUAGUCUUUAUUGUCCCCCAACAAGCUAUCCGUCGCGCUAUUCCCUGACAUAUAAUGAUACGGGAGAGACGCCUAUGCAACGUUCCUUUAAGAUAACGCCUGCAGCUCGGGAGGAUAUCAAAAAAUUGCAUGAGCUUCUUAGUACCUUCUUUGAUAAGCUCUUGGGAGCUCUGGACGCCCUGAAUAAGUGUGACUUCAGUUUUUGUAAUGAAAUGGUUUGCCUCAUUUGUCGGAUCCAAAAAACAAUUACGCAAUUGAUAGAAAACCUACGUUAUGGCACAUACAAGGAUGAACUUGACGAUAUAAAUGAACGCCUGCUAGUAAUGCUCGAUGAGCUCCUCACACACCCUCAUUACGUCCUUCUUCGACUGGUGGAGUUCGGGUUCAACAUUUACGAGUUGGGUGGUCAUCUGCGUGAAGAACUUCUGCCUUAUUCCUUUGCGCAGAUUGUACACAAAGUGCAAAGUCGGAUAUACCGCCUUCAAACUGGGAGAAUAAUCCGGCAGAUUUACUUCGUGCCAGAUAGCAUGGAUCCCGUUAUUGGAACAUACUUUAAGAGUCGACGACUGAUGAAAUUGGAGCACUUUUGCCACUGCAGUGUUGUUUUGCUACCUCCAGAUGAUCCUCGAAGCAUCUACUGUCCCAUGCAUUAUCGCACCAUCGAGGUGAAUUUCGACAGCAAGAAGGGUCGCUACGUGGGCUUCCAGCAAUUGCUGAACCAGUGCGCACCUGAUAAGGGCAUUCUCCCACGUCUAGUGGCGUCCGUAUACAAACGGCUCAGUGGUGCAGAGGUUGAGAUUUCCCUCAAGGAUCUUUGUGAAUUAGAGACCACGGAGGCUCGAAUUUCCUACGACACCAUACGAGGCGAUAUGGCCAGUGGCAAUGGCCUAGCAAUCGCGCCCAAAAUUGAAAUCUAA